AUGGACCAGUCGUCUCCAACCUACAUGCUUGCCAACUUAACCCACUUGCAUUCGGAACAGCUUCUGCAAGGCUUGAACCUCCUUCGCCAGCAUCACGAGCUCUGUGACAUUAUCCUUAGAGUUGGCGAUGUCAAGAUCCAUGCCCACAAAGUGGUGCUUGCCAGCAUCAGCCCAUACUUCAAAGCCAUGUUCACUGGGAACCUUUCCGAGAAGGAAAACUCAGAGGUGGAGUUCCAGUGCAUUGAUGAGGCAGCCCUGCAGGCCAUCGUGGAGUACGCCUACACGGGAACCGUGUUUAUCUCGCAAGACACCGUGGAGUCGCUUCUCCCAGCUGCCAAUCUUCUCCAGAUCAAACUGGUAGUGAAGGAGUGUUGUGCGUUUCUUGAAAGCCAGCUUGAUCCUGGCAACUGCAUCGGGAUUUCUCGUUUUGCAGAGACCUAUGGCUGCCAUGACCUCUACUUGGCUGCUAACAAGUACAUUUGUCAAAACUUUGAAGAUGUUUGUCAGACGGAAGAAUUUUUUGAGCUUACGCAUUCCGAAUUGGACGAAAUUGUUUCCAAUGACUGCUUGAAUGUUGUGACAGAAGAAACCGUUUUUUACGCGCUAGAGUCCUGGAUCAAAUACGACGUGCAGGAGCGACAGAAGUACUUGGCGCAGCUGCUGCAUUGCGUUCGGUUGCCGCUGCUGAGCGUUAAGUUUCUUACGAGGCUGUACGAAGCAAACCAUCUCAUUCGCGAUGACCAUACUUGUAAACAUCUGCUAAACGAGGCCCUAAAAUACCACUUUAUGCCUGAACACAGACUUUCCCACCAGACCAUGCUGAUGACACGACCUCGCUGCGCUCCUAAAGUGCUUUGUGCUGUAGGAGGAAAAGCCGGACUGUUUGCGUGCCUGGAAAGUGUUGAAAUGUAUUUUCCCCAGAAUGACUCCUGGAUAGGCCUGGCACCUCUUAGCAUUCCCCGCUAUGAGUUUGGAAUAUGCGUCCUAGACCAGAAAAUAUAUGUUGUAGGAGGGAUUGCAACCCACGUGUGUCAAGGCAUCAGUUACCGAAAGCACGAGAAUUCGGUGGAGUGCUGGGACCCCGACACGAACACUUGGACAUCUCUUGAAAGGAUGUUUGAGAGCCGGAGUACUCUGGGCGUGGUAGUUCUGGCAGGAGAGCUCUACGCCUUAGGUGGCUACGAUGGGCAAUCUUAUUUACGAACUGUAGAGAAAUACAUUCCGAAAGUGAAGGAAUGGCAGCUGGUGGCCCCAAUGAACAAAACAAGAAGUUGUUUCGCUGCAGCUGUCUUGGAUGGAAUGAUAUAUGCCAUCGGGGGCUAUGGUCCUGCCCAUAUGAACAGCAUGGAGCGUUACGAUCCAAGUAAAAACUCAUGGGAGACAGUCGCCUCGAUGGCUGAUAAACGAAUAAACUUCGGUGUCGGUGUCAUGCUGGGCUUCAUUUUUGUAGUAGGUGGACACAAUGGCGUGUCUCACUUAUCGAGCAUUGAGAGAUACGAUCCUCAUCAAAAUCAGUGGACUGUGUGUCGACCCAUGAAGGAACCCAGAACAGGAGUUGGUGCCGCUGUAAUCGAUAACUACCUUUAUGUAGUUGGAGGUCAUUCAGGGUCGUCCUACCUGAACACUGUCCAGAAAUACGAUCCCAUCUCGGAUACCUGGCUGGACUCUGCCGGGAUGAUGUACUGUCGAUGCAAUUUUGGUUUGACUGCGCUUUGACGAAAAGCACGACUUUACGGACCUGGUGCAAAGAAGGAGCUCGGUCUGCUUGAAAAUAAACCCUGCUGGUGGAGACCGUAAGCUGCGUUUUCUGAAGGUGGAAAAUUGGAGGAAUGUGGUGAAACGGGGAUUGAAAUGAGGAAGGAUUUGUUUUCUCCCGGUAACUGGCCUUUGUUACUUUAGCGGCACGGGCAGAAGGAACGGGAAGCUUAUUGCCGGCUGGGUUUAGAGAGCUCCCUGUUGAUGGCAGCGAGUUGUAGAGAGUACUGUACAUGCCUGGGAUAUGAUUAGAAAACUUACUGUAUAUCUAACCCUUUCACUUUCUAGAUCUUUUCUCUCUUCCUCCUGCCUACUAUGAAAUACGAAGUUUACUGUGCUUGGGGUGAGAGACGUGCGGAUGUGCUGUACGACUGGACAGUGUGCUGGUAGUUGUCUGGUUGUGUCUUCAUAUUAAGAAAACGCCAGUGCUUCAUAAAUUUUUUUUUUUAUGAACAGUAACUAAAGGGCUGCCUUGUUUCUGUAUCUCAAGGUUUGUAAAUAAUAAAUGCCAUAGUAUGUUG